UCCGUCCAUCCAUCCACCCAUCCAUCCAUCCAGCCAGCCAGCCAUGGGACGUCAUGGUCAACGUCAUGGGCACUUUCCUCGUGGAAGUGGUCGUCAGCGAUGCGAGAAGCACGUAUGCGAAGCGAGGGAGGGUGAUGAGGGAAGAUCAGGGAAGAAGGAGGCAUGUCAAGAGCUGUCCCUGCGGUCUUGAUCUGUCGCAGUGGGUCAAGAAGGACCCGCCGUCUCCGACGGCUAGCACCACUACCACCACCACCACCGACACCAAGGUGCGCAGAGUGCCACACACUUGCAUUCACGCGCACACAGAUGCCUGCAUGCCUGUGCCUGUCUGUGUGUGUGUGUGUCUGUGUGUGUGUGUGUGCUCUGAUUACGGGGUUUCCAGUUCGACAAGGACAAGGAGGUGAGCACGACACACACACACUUGGCGAAGGGACAUCUGAUGAAUUGUGGCUGUGUGUGUCUGACAGGCCUAUCCCAUGCUGCCGGGCACCAAAGUUGACGAGUUCAUGACGCCGCCACGAGACAAGGUAUGCAGAAGUGACACACCCGAAACCAACAGACGUGUGCACACAUGCAACUGUGCACAGGGCAAGUGGAACAAGCCGUCGAAGGCCGUGUUCGAGGCUCCCACCAAGACCGCCACCACCAAGACCACUGCCAAGACAAGCACCAAGGUACGCACAGUGACACUGACGGACACAGAUGCCUCCAUGGCUGUCUAUGGCCAUGUGUGUGUGUGUGUGUGUAUGUGUGUAUGUGUGUGUAUAUCUGAUGAUUCCACGACACCCAGGAGAACAAGGUAAAGCACACACACACACGGAAGUCCGGCGAUUCGCUGCUGUGAUACAUCGAAGUGUGUCUAUGCGUGUGUGUGCAGGAGUGCGGCCGCCACCACGAGUUGACCAAGUUGAACCUGGACAACAACUGCCGCCACAAGGUGCGCGGGCAGCACACACACACACACACACACGCAUCCACCCAGCCACCACAUUGCCUACAUAUCUCUGUGUGCGCAUAUCAAUGUGUGCAGACGAUCAAGUGCUUCUGCUGCGGCCAACCAGGCCAUCGAUGGCAGCAGUGCCCCAAGCUCACCGAUGCCGCCGAGGCCGCCAAGAAUGUGCGCGAAGAUCGGACAUCCACACACGCACCGACGCACACACCCUUACAUGCCCGGCAUGGCUUUCUGUGUCUGCAGGACCCGCGGUUCUACAUAGUCCCUGCCCCGGGUGCGAAGACCGCCCAGACCGCCCAGACGAUGAAGCCCAACCACACGACGAAGCCCAAGCCGACCACACAGAAGGUGCGGACAUGGACACACAUCACACAGUCACUCAUUCAUUUGCUUUCACAUACUGUGUGUUGGUGUGUGUGUUCGAGGCUCCCACGAAGACCAAGACCACUGCCAAGACGAACAAGGUACGCCAUGCUCCCCCACUUCGCGCGGGACUGCCCGGCUCCUCCCCAGACCAAGGUGCGCAAAGAUCGGACAUCCACACACACACACCGACGCACACACCCUUACAUGCCCGACAUGGCUAUUUGUGUGUUUGUGGCAGAACCCGUUUUGGAUCAUCACUGCGGAGGGAGUCGUCAACCUCAAGCUCAAGGCACCGAAGAAGGUAGACAGAUGGGCACACACGUCCACUCAUUCACUCCUUUUACGCUGUGUGUCGGUGUAUGUGCGUAGAAGUGGAUGCCCAAGAACGCCUAGGCCCGACGCCGCCAAGGCCACGCAGUAGGUGCGCAGAGCAGACCGCCGAACUCGUCUGUAUGCCCACCGGCCUGUUUGUCUACAGGCGGCCCAUCGCUGCUUACAUUUUAUAUUCGAUGGGCAUAUUUUCCCCUCCGCCGCUUCGCAUCAUGUGUGAGCCGCCAAAGGACGCCGAUCCAUCGGUAGACACGUGUCUCUUGUGUUGACCUGUGCCGUCUCAGGAGAAGUGGCUCAACCACGAAAAGACUUGUCUUCUCUUCUCUCCUUUCUGUGGCUGGGUGGUAUGCA